AUGUUCAACUCUCUGCCCCUUUGCAUCGACAAAUGGCUGAUACCGCUACCGACUGGUUGGAAGUUAUCGUUUGGUGUUUGGGUCAGAUUCACUGUUGACCCACCAGGGGUUCCGCCCACCGUCGCUUCGAGCGAGAAUGUGUACGUGCACUCGCAACUAGAAGAAAGACACCAAUUCCGUUUGCUCGAGCUGCACCCUGGAUCACCUGGAGACACGAUCAAGGCCACCCUGGUGACGAAAGAUCUAAGAGAUGCUCCCUCUUACGAAGCAAUGUCCUACGUGUGGGGAGAUAUGAAUGACCGCGUCGACAUUCUGGUUAAUGGUCGCAACUUCAAGAUCACCAAAAACCUCCACGACGCUCUCGAAAAUCUGAAAUCACCAACGUCAAUCAGAAUACUGUGGACCGACCAAGUAUGCAUCAAUCAAUAUCACAACACGGAGAAACAAGAUCAAGUUCAUAUGAUGGACGAGAUUUAUAAAGCAGCGGAUGGUGUCGUCGUGUACCUCGGUCAGUCCACAGAGCAAACCGAGACAGAUAUGCAGCAUCUGCAGUCUUUCAUGGAACGGUAUGGCCAGAGAGAAGAGAGCCCAUGGUCACAUAUCGCAGUUCCCGAGCUCGAACAGAGCUCCAAGAAGCGGUGCUAG